AUGGACACACCUCCCUCCAAACGAAAAUCCUCCUUCGGAUCUGAUGGCCCCGUAUUGUUUUCGAAGAGGAUCAAACCGCUCAGAGAAGAGCCUGCUCAUUACAGCGAUGCAGUGCGUAAGAAGCUCACAUCAACCUCCCGCACCGGGCAGGCCUGCGAUCGCUGCAAAGAGCGCAAGAUGAAAUGUGACACCGAUCCCAUUGCCUGUGGCCCCUGUCGCCAAAAGCUAUUGCGUUGCUAUACCACCGACAGAGUAACCAAGCAGGCAAGAGAAAGAGGCGAGACAGAUCGAGCAGAAAAUGAGUUGCUAUUCUUGAGGGAUCAGCUGGCUGCGUAUCAGUUAAAAUAUGGACCUCUACAGAGUUCAGAUCUCAAUGUGUCAUUGACGGAGACGCCGACAUUAAAAGAGAAAAUACCGGUACAUUCUUCAGCCUCAUUACCAGAUGCGCAUUACGUUGGCUGGCCUGCUCCAGACCACUGUGAACCAAUGCGUUCUGGUCCAGUGCAGGGUACGGUUGUCGAUGUCUUGGAUGGCCAGAUAGAUAUUGCGGACUGGGAAUGUGAAAUGAUGAAAGACUAUCCUAAAGACACCAUGAACAGAUUCAAUCUCUCAGCAACAUCCAUCAUCAAUACCAUCUGUGGCUAUCAGCGGAUUGAGGAUCCCAGACCGCCGCCUAAGGAGCAGGCUUUACGAGACGCCAACCACUUUCUAGUCAUCAUGGCCCAAUAUGUUCCCAUCGUUCACCAGUCGAGCUUCAUGGACCUGGUACAUAGGUUCUUCGAUGUUCCUGAAUUUCUGACACCGGCAGAGCGCGUUCAGGUGUACAUGUUGUUUGCCAUCAUAACUCAUCAAACAGCUGUGCGAAAUCAUUUGCAUUCAGCUGAUAGGUUCGAGGAAUCCCACCGGUACUUCCAUGUCGCACUUGGGCAUGAUCGCGACCUAUUCCACGAUCGAUCUCUUGCUUCCAUGCAAGCACUGGCAAUGAUCUGUGUCCAUCUUCGGAACCUGCCCAAGCCUGGAAUAUCUUGGGUUUACUGCCACAAAAUCCUCGUACGCGCUAUCGAACUGGAAUACCACCGAGAUCCUGACAAGAUUCGGCUGCCCGAGGCUGAGAGAGAUCCUUUGUCAAAACAGCUUCGAAUACGGGUCUUCCAUGUGAUUCUCGGCAUCUGUGUGACAACUGGCUGUAGAGUUGGGUUACCUGCCCCUUGGCACUUUCAACACAUGGACGUACCUCUUCCAAGGGCGAUAAAGGACUCGGAGAUCUCUAGACAUGGCGUCGCGGCUCAGCUGUCAGGUUUGUGUGACUUUUGGCCGUGUUUGCAUCUUGCGAAGUUACUCCCUCUGCUCACAGAACUUCACAACAACAUUGUUGCAGUGAGGAAACCUGCGGCAGAGUACCUCCAGACGGUCGAGGCUCUCAACACCAAGAUCCUAGCAUGGCGCCAGGAUUGGGAAGACACGAUCAAAUUCGAAGCUAAGCAGGUGAAUCUCCAUGUCGCAGGUCUCCUCAUCGAGACCUGGGCCGCCGAGUAUCAACUAAAUCUCUUUCAUCCCGUAUGUUGUACAAGCGAUGAUCCAGAGGUUCAUGAACGACAUCUGGAUAUCUGCCACAAGGCCGCCAGGCGUCUCCUACAAGCGUUUCAUACGCUUUCGAGCCGAUACAAGGGCGUGGACUUUACCUGGCAUUCGACCCUUGCCUAUGCAACCGGGUUCGGAAUCACAUUGUUUGUGUACAGGAGGAAGACAACGCCCGUCACGUCAGAACAGUUUGAGGCCAUGCGUAAUGAGCUGAAAGGCUGGAUAUCCCUGAUGGCUUAUGCUGAUCUUGUUCUAAGGACCGGAAAUCACCUUCAACGUCAGUUUCAGCCGCGGGUACAAUCUCUUGAGGAUCAAUACCGGCAACUGGUUUUCGACGACAAGGCCUCAGUCACACCGCUGCCGUUCAAUGCCGUCAACGGCUCAUAUGGUCCCCAGUUCAAACACCCCAAACCUGAAUCCGAGACGCUUUUUUCGUACCUCGACCCCCACGCUACUCCCGUGCAGCAAAAAAACAGUCUACCACAACCGCAAUUCACACAAAAUCAGAUACCUGCCGGAGUACCGCAACAGUGGCCAUCGCCUUUCUCGAUUCUCCCUCAGCCGAUCGCACCGUCUCAAAUUUCACCGCCCCUAUUUUCGACCUUCUCGCAGUCGUCGAAUGCGGCUUUGACGACUGCGCCGUUGCAAACAGUGCCCACGUCCUUGGCGUCUUUGCUCAAUGACUCUAGCAGCAUGUACGUCAGCUAUCCUACGCCGCCGCAAUCCCAGAAUGGGUUGAACGGAGAUUCGUACAUGUCGUUCCAGCCAAGUCAUUACUUUGAUGGACCUGGGCCUUUGACUUGGCCGUUAAUCUCAAUGCCUCCUACGACUAGGUCGUAA